AUGACAUCUACCAACAGCAAGAUAAAGAGUGAUGUUAAUAGACAGGCGGCGAAUGUCGAAUACAAGCUGGAGCAUAUCAGGAAGGACCUUGAGACGGAGAAUUCAACCAAGUGCAGCUUCGAUGCUAUUCUGAAGUACUUUCUUUCCCUUGUUCUUAGAGACGAUGACCCAAAGAAGAGGCGCUUGGAUAUCAUUCAAAAAGAGAUUGAAGUGCUUCAGUUGAAACGCUAUGGGGAGGGAAAUGGAGACACCACGAUCAGAGAAGCUGCAGUUGCUCAGGCCGACGAGUGUUUGAAGGCAGCAGGGAGUACACCAUUUGAGCAUAUCGAUGAUAAGGAUGACGACACUCGGUUUGGGUCACAGAAGGAGCAAGAACUGAUCCAAGAAAGGGAUAACAUACUGGAUAUGCUCUUACACGAGGCUCUCGAAUCAGUGCUGCCCGUUGCCAACAGUGGGGAUGUCAUUAAAACGUUGGAGAAUUUCGGGACCGCAUUUGCCAAAGGUAAAGCGGAAUCGUCCCGCUACGGGGAAUUCGUUCGUCUAUGCAACAACGCUCUCCGACGCCUAGCUUAUGUAGAUUCAAAGCGUCAGUUUCGAGAAAAAGAUCGCCUCAACAUUCGCUUUCAUCGCAAUGAUCCCAGCCAUAUCACGACCCACUCCAAAGAUAUGCAGGAUAUUCACUGUAAGCCGGAUGUUGUCAUCACGCCUCUCAUUGCUGCUCUACGUGCGGCCUCGCGGGGUCUAGAAGUCGAUGUGAACUUUGACAAACCGCCCCGGAAGAGUUUCGAAUGGGUUGAUAUCCUCUCGUGCCAGGACUUUAAAUUAGUCAAUGAGGGUAUCCCUGCAGAAGGCAACGUUGCAGCACGUACUUUCUUCGAAACUACACCUCCUCUGCCCAUUGUUACAGAAGGAUCUAUCUCAAAACGCGCAUCGGAUGAUGUAUUUCUAGCGGAAAACCCUUUGCCGUCGAAGAAACUAUGGGAAUCGAAUUCAGAGACGCCCACAAGUUCAGCAUCCACAUUUACAAGUUCGGCCAUAGUCAAUAAUUCGAAAAGAAAGGCAACCAAGGUUGAAAUGAAAAAACAGCAGAUAAUUAACGGGCGUGUGCAGUGUGCAUCUUACGCGCUCGAAAUGAUGUCUUAUAGCGCCGGGGUUCACCAUGCCAUUAAUUUACUCUUCACUGGUAUGUUCUUUCUUUCGUCUUAUAACAAGAUUUGCAUGCUCAUCAGAACAGAUGGCCAUGUGUGGAUUUGGUAUCAUGAUCGUCAGGGUGUCGUUCAGUCUGACGGCCUCAGCAUCUUUGCAGACUUUGCUCGCUUCCUUGUUCUCCUUUUUGCUUUCCAGCGUUUCCGCGCGGCAGACUGGGGGAUUAUUCGUUGCCUCAAUCCCCAAUUUAUAGAUAGGGUUGAAAACGAGCCAGUGUCGAGAAAUACGCAAGAACCAGUGCCAGAACCCGGGAUCAAAUUCAAUUUGAAACGAGAUCUGCGGAACCUCUGCGUUCCAGAAGAUCAGGGCAGAAAACUUGCAACGGUUACAAUUAACGUGAAUAAUUUUUUAUCACACCCACCACACAGCUUGAGCGGCAACACCACAGCAGUUGUUUUGUCCCAGGGCUUUGAUGAAGGCGGUGCAUUGGUACCUGUACCAAUGGUCUGUAAGAUAUAUCACCCCGAGGUUGAACGACGACACGAAGGAGCAACCAUCCAGGUCGUCCGCAAGAUCGCCGCAGACAAGGACAAGACCAUGCUCAAACACCUGCCCUCCGUACUGUUCUACGGAGAUGUGUCGGGAUGCACCACUCAUCGUAUUCGGAGCAUGAUUAAACGGCGAUGGAAGGGCCACCGCACUCUCCGGAUAUUGGGUCUCAGAAAGCUGGAGGAGAUCACGACCGUCGACGGUGCAGAUUUUAUCAAGGCUUGGCUUGAAACCGUCAUAUGUCACGCAUUUCUUUGGAAAAACUACGUUGAACAUGGGGAUCCCAGUCUAAGCAAUAUCAUGUACGACCCGGUUGACAAAUGCGGGGUUCUGAGCGACUUUGAUCUUUCUCUGUUGCAAUGGGAACCUCGUGUCAUUGGGACGGACAGAACCGGCACUGUCCCAUUCAUGGCUAUCGAACUCCUGAGCAAGAAGUACUGGGAAGGGAAAAUCCAAAGAUUUUAUCACCAUGAAUUGGAAUCAUUCAUUUGGAUUCUCGCCUAUGUGUGUCUUCUUUAUGACAGAGGGAUUCGCAAAAAGAAUGAAUCAGUCGAUUCUUGGCGAACGUCGGAUUACAAAAUUUGUUCAAAAGAAAAGCGGCAUUUCUACGGCAAUUUAGAUGAAGAACUUGCAAAUCAGGUUCAGGCAAACUAUAAGACAUACUGGCCCAUGGCUGAAGAUCUCCUUCUCAAUCUACAUAUUUACCAUGCGGAACAUCAACUUCAGAUGUUUACAUCGGCCAACAACGAACCUCGUCUGGCUUCCGACAAUCUUUGGGGAAGAUUCAACUCUGUAUUGAGCUCAACCCUCCCGCCUAACAGUAUUCCUGACCAGGACGUUCUUUUGGGACGACUCAAAGCCCAGAAGCCAUCCUUUGAACCUUCUGACGAAAAUGCGCGACAGAAGCUUUGGGCCAAAUAUUCCACCGUUAAUGAUUAA